AUGACGAACAAGGCGUUGAUUCCCUUCCUGGUCACGAUGAUGCUCGUGACCGGCGUGUGCAAUACAAUUCUCAAUAAAUAUCAGGACAUGCAAUGCGUCCGAAACUGCGAUUCCCCAGAUCCCAAGGAGCGCCACACGUUCGAGCAGCCUGUGAUUCAGACAGCACAGAUGUUUGUCGGUGAAAUGGGUAGCUGGAUAGUUGUGUUUCUCACCUUCCUCUACCAACGCUACAUCUCUCCACGGUUACCUAGCAAUGGCUCGUCGCCUCUUUUGGCAGGAGGAUACCACCCUGUCGGUGCGAACGAUGGCAUUGAUGAGGACGACGAGGACGGUACGGUCAAUGGACCCCGUUACUCCGGGGAUCCUUCCAAGCCGGAUCACUUGGAUCAACAGCGUAUUCCCCUGAAUGGUCGCAGAAUUCUUCUGCUUGCUGCUCCUGCCUGCUGCGAUAUUACCGCUACGACACUGAUGAACGUUGGCCUACUCUUUGUUGCCGCGAGUAUUUAUCAGAUGACCCGGGGAGCACUGGUGCUCUUCGUUGGCCUUUUCAGCGUUCUUUUCCUUCGUCGGAAAUUGUAUCUUUACCAGUGGCUUGCGCUUGUCGUGGUUGUUCUUGGUGUCGCGCUGGUCGGUCUUGCGGGCGCGCUUUUUGAUCAUCAGGAGCACGACGUUACACAGGAGAAUGUUGUCAUGAAUGCUGCCAUUCAAGCCCGGGCCGUUGCCCGAACUCCUGAGGCGGUCCAGGCCAUCAUCGGUGUACUUAUGAUCGCGGCAGCCCAGAUCUUCACCGCAUCCCAAUUCGUUCUGGAGGAAUGGAUUUUGGAAAACUAUGAGAUGGAUCCUCUACGGGUUGUUGGAUGGGAAGGUAUUUUCGGGUUCCUUGUGACCUUGGCUGGAAUGAUUGUCCUAUACUUCUCCGUCGGACGAACCCCGGCCGGUCGCUAUGGCUACUUUGAUACGAAGGAGGGAUGGCACCAGAUGAUUAACAACCGCGCCGUUGCUGUCUCCAGUAUUCUGAUCAUGAUCAGCAUUGGUGGAUUCAACUUCUUCGGGUUAUCCGUCACCCGAACUGUCUCGGCCACGUCCCGCAGCACCAUCGAUACCUGCCGGACGCUCUUCAUCUGGCUCGUCUCGCUGGCUCUGGGAUGGGAAUCUUUCAAAUGGCUCCAAGUGGCCGGUUUCGCGCUCCUCGUGUACGGAACCUUCCUGUUCAACGACAUCAUUCGCCCUCCUCUGAAGGCCUGUCUGCCUCAACAGAGAAGAGAACGAGAGGUCCUCUUGCCCGAGGAGCCCAUUGAACACAUCUAG